CUUGCAUGUAUUUCAAACGAAAAAACAAAUAAAUAUAUAUAUGUAAAAUUACUAUUUUAUCCCUCAAAUUAUAUACAGUAGUGCUGAUUAUUUAUUUAUUUUGGAUGAGGGGAGAGAGAAACAGGGGUCUCCACAAAACCCGGUAAUCAGCGAGUCCCACGCCAUGGACAGGGCCCUAGCUUUUCAGUUAAUUCACGCGAUCUUGUCCUUGUUUAUCCUCUUUAUAAUCCCAUCCCAUUCCAUUCCAUUCCCCCUUACAAUUAAUCCUUGAUCACUUGUCACUACUUUACAACUCACAAUAUUAAUUUUUCUUUUCAUUUAUCUCCUCCACUUGGGCAAUGGGUAUUUUCCUGAUCUUUUGCCUCACAAUCCUCUUCCCGCCCCUCAUUGCCUCCUCUCGUACACUAGAACAACAAAAACAACAAAAUCCUCCUCCUCAUUUGGACGAAUUGGUGCAUGCGCGCAGCUCCUGGCUGAACGAAUCGAGACGCAACCUGGGAUUCCUUUCGUGCAACACCGGCAACCCCAUUGACGAUUGCUGGCGCUGCGACUCUAACUGGGAACACAACCGCCAGAAACUCGCCGACUGCGCCAUCGGCUUCGGCAAAAACGCCAUCGGCGGCCGCGACGGCCGCAUCUACGUCGUCACCGACUCCGAAAACGACGACCCCGUCACCCCCAAACAGGGCACCCUCCGCCACGCUGUCAUCCAAGACGAGCCGCUCUGGAUCAUAUUCGCCCGCGACAUGACCAUCAAACUCAAGGAAGAGCUCAUCGUCAACUCCUUCAAGACCAUCGACGGCAGAGGAGCCAGCGUCCACAUCGCCAACGGGCCCUGCAUCACCGUCCAAUUUGUCACCAACAUUAUCAUCCACGGUGUACACAUCCACGACUGCAAGCCCGGGGGGAAUGCUAUGGUGCGGGACUCCCCAGGGCACUACGGGUGGAGGACCAUAUCGGAUGGUGAUGGCGUCUCCAUCUUUGGAAGUAGCCACGUGUGGGUGGACCACUGCUCCUUGUCCAACUGUGCUGAUGGUUUGAUCGACGCCAUUCAUGGAUCAACGGCCAUUACCAUUUCCAAUAACUAUAUGACGCACCAUGAUAAAGUCAUGCUUUUGGGGCAUAGUGAUUCCUACACUCAGGACAAAGGCAUGCAGGUUACUAUUGCUUUUAAUCAUUUUGGAGAGGGCCUUGUGCAAAGGAUGCCCAGGUGUAGGCAUGGGUAUUUCCAUGUGGUGAACAAUGACUACACACAUUGGGAGAUGUAUGCCAUUGGUGGGAGUGCGGACCCCACAAUUAAUAGCCAAGGCAAUCGAUUUCUUGCUCCAGCUGAUGACAACAGCAAGGAGGUGACCAAACACGAGGAUGCAGCUGAGAGUGAAUGGAAAAAUUGGAACUGGAGAUCGGAAGGGGACCUAAUGCUAAACGGCGCAUAUUUUACGGCUUCUGGGGCAGCGGGCUCGUCUUCAAGUUAUGCAAAGGCAUCGAGCUUAGGAGCCAAGCCAUCAGCUUUAGUAGGCUCAUUAACGUCUAGUGCCGGCGCCCUAAAUUGCCGCAAAGGAUCCAAGUGCUAGCUAAAAUUGAAGCCAUAUACUAUUUAAGCCGCCUCAAUCUAGCUAGCCAUGGCUUUUUUUUUUUCUUUUUUUUUCUCUUUUUUAUUUAUGUAAUUUAAUUUUUCUACCAUUGUUC